UUCGUGUGCUUUUCGGUCGAGUCUGCCAUGUUUUGUCCUAUUUGUCGCGCUUGAACAACGCGUUUAUUGUUUCAAACUGUUAUUUUCUGAAUGUAUUACGGCAUGUGUUUUGUAUACAAAUUGUUCAGAAGAUAGUGCUUUGAUUGUAGUAGUGAAAUUAUAACUUGAUUAGUAAUUUCUGAUAUUUGUGAGUGCAAGGUGUAAUAUUGUGUUUCACCGAAAUUUAGAAUCGUCUGCAAGCUCGCUGCGAUUUCUAUAAAGCAAGAUUCUAUUACGAUUUAUGGAAAAAUCGAUGAAAAGUAAUAGUUUAGUUAAGAAUUUGGUCGAUUCUAUGGCGCAACCCACGUGCACAUAAUAUAUCGAGUAUCUCAUGCACAUUUGUUAUUAUUUUGCUUGUGAGCCCGAGCCCGUCACGGUUGCAGACGAAGGAUCGGACCGUUGAAGGGAAAUCGCGUAGUCCGUCUUGCUCGCUCGCGUCGCGUGCUAGCAUUCAUUCAUUGUGGUAUCGGAUUAUUAGACGGUGAUUUCUCGCUGUGCAUUAUUGGUGCAGCGCGAGGAUAAAGCCGUGGUCGGUGCAGCGACAGCGGGCGCUCGGCGCGAGCCCACGUGACGCGUGUUUGGGUGGUAGUCGGGACGGAGCGCGGGCGGCCGCAGUGGCCGCGCAGCGCCGGAGGUGAAUCACCGCUGUAGUUGUCUUGUGGAUCUGUUUACGCGAGUGCAUCUAGUGCGGAAGUGAGGCAUGUGCGGCGCGCGACGUCGCCGAUGACGACCGCGGUGCUUUAAGCUGUGAGCUGUGAUAGUUAUGUCGUUUGGGUUAUGAGUGUGUGACAAAGUUGUAGUGUAAGGACACUGGAGCCCCUAGCCGGAGUUGGGCCCGCCGGGGCGGCCCUAGUGCUUCUCGGGGCUCCGCACGAAGGCAAAAUGGCUGCGUGGAACCGCCACCACCAUUUCAACAUGCUGAUGGACGAGAACGCCAAGAAAUUAGGCGUUGUCGGCGGAGGCAUGCCCGAGGCGGGCGAGAGGCGGCACGGGCCGCUCUACGGCCGGCUGGUGGCAGAGGAGCAGCUCGCCUCCAUGAGCGCGCCUUCGGACAUUCAGGUGAGCGCCACCGCGCGCCCCCGGGCUUUCUGCCGCUACCGUAUUCCCGUCCAGGCUAUGCAAGCCCGAAUACCACACCACUUUCGGGACCCCUCAACAGCACCGUUACGGAAGCUAAGCGUGGAUCUCAUCAAAACCUAUAAACAUAUAAACGAGGUAUAUUACGCGAAAAAGAAGCGGAGAGCGCAACAGUACCUGGGCGAGGAUGGCUCGCACAAGAAGGAGCGGAAGUUGUACAACGACGGGUACGACGACGACAACCACGACUACAUCAUCAAACAGGGCGAGAAGUUCCUCGACCGGUAUGAGAUCUCCUCACCCAUAGGGAAGGGAUCUUUUGGACAGGUUGUGAAAGCGUAUGAUCAUGAGGAGCAGUGUCAAGUAGCGAUUAAAAUAAUUAAGAAUAAGAAACCCUUCCUAAAUCAGGCACAAAUAGAAGUCAAGUUACUAGAAAUGAUGAACAGAGCAGAUGCUGAAAAUAAGUAUUAUAUAGUGAAACUGAAACGUCACUUCAUGUGGCGGAACCACCUGUGCCUAGUAUUCGAGCUACUCUCGUACAACCUCUACGACCUGCUGCGGAACACCAACUUUCGCGGCGUCUCGCUCAACCUCACGCGGAAAUUCGCGCAACAACUGUGCACAGCGCUACUCUUCCUUAGUCAACCUGAACUAAAUAUAAUUCACUGUGAUCUUAAGCCCGAAAAUAUACUAUUAUGCAACCCUAAAAGGUCAGCCAUUAAGAUAGUAGACUUCGGAAGUUCGUGUCAACUAGGCCAAAGGAUAUACCAAUACAUCCAGUCAAGGUUCUACCGAUCACCGGAGGUCCUACUGGGCAUACCUUACGACCUUGCGAUAGACAUGUGGUCGCUGGGCUGCAUACUCGUGGAGAUGCAUACAGGCGAACCAUUGUUCAGUGGAGCCAACGAGAUUGACCAGAUGAACAAAAUUGUUGAGGUGCUGGGCAUGCCGCCGGAUCACUUAUUAGAUCAGGCUCAUAAAACCAGAAAAUUCUUCGACAAACUACCAGCGUCAGAAGGUGGCGGUUAUGUUUUGAAGAAAGUCAACGGGAAAGAUGGGAGUGGUUACAGGAAGUACCGCGCGGCGGGCACGCGGCGGCUGCACGACAUCCUCGGCGUGGAGGGCGGCGGGCCCGCGGCGCGGCGGCGCGGCGAGCCCGGACACUCCGUCUCAGACUAUCUUAAGUUUAAGGACCUAAUUCUCCGUAUGCUAGAGUACGACCCCAAGCAGCGCGUGACGCCGUACUACGCGCUGCAACACAACUUCUUCAAGCGCACCGCGGACGAGGCCACCAACACGCAGCAGGCGCAGCAGCACCACCAGCACGUGGGAGUGGGAGUGGGAGUGGGAGUGGGCGUGGGCGUGGGCGGCGCGCUGGUGUGGGGUGCGCCCGGCGGGCUGGCGCCCGGCGCCGGCGCGCUGCCGGCCGAGCGCAUGGACGUGGAGCGCGCGCCCGACGACCUGCACGCGCCGCGCCGCAGCCCCGUCGCCAUCCACUAGCCGCCCGCCACCGCCCGCCGCCCGCCGCAACCGGACCGUACCGUGCCCGAGCCCGUGCCCGUGCCGAGUCGCGAGUGACGUGUGAACCGUGCGAACGCUGUCAAGUGUGCCCUGUGACGUGAGCGGCGCGGUCGACCCGAGGCCGAGGGACCGAAUUCAUAUUUAUAACUCUAUAUUUUUAUUUAAUGCGAUAAGUCUGACUGUAAAGAAAUAUAAUUGUGACUUGUUACUUUGUAACAUGUAUUAUUUGUAACCGCUUCUCUCGACAGUACUUAGAGAACGUCCGGGGGCCCGCCCCCGUCGCCCGAUCGUGAUGCAUCGACGGCAUGAAAGCUAGGUUUUUUUAUUGUUACGCAAUGCAUAUCAAGGACGCAAUAUGGUAGAAAAUAAAUAUUGUAUAUAAAAUUUAGGAGACCGACUAAUGGAUUACAGACUGCGACUUAAACUGGUUAAUCUAUAGUUUAGUUACGAUCUAUGCUAGUUAGGCUUUCAUUCGAUUUUAAUUAUCGCAAGCUUUAUAUUUUUAAAGUGUCGGCAACUGAUGACUGAAAUAAAAAGGGCCAAGACUUUUUUUUGUAAGCGACGCUGAAAUAGAUAAUCUGAUAUGUAUAAAUUAAUUUGUGAACGCACCGAACUAGCCGCCGGACGGUCCCGGACGGGACGGCGGACGCAAACGAUGCCCUCGCAUUUCAGAGUUGUUGUAUACCUAAAUGUCUUUUCCUAUCUAAAAUUGUGCUUGGAGUAUCGACGAUGUAACACGUGCAGACUAAUGUGUCGAAGCCGAUUUAUUUUUGACCCAUUGGAAUAUUCAAACGACGUGUAAACAGGAGUAGCGAUAGGUAAUUCUAUAAAACCCAAAAUGUACUUGUAGGUUACGAAGAAUGUUGAAUCAUAUAUAAAAUUUUUUGGUAUUUCAGAUAGGAGUUAAUAAAUUGAAUUAUGACUUGUUCAACCUUUUUGGAUUUGAAUCUACAAUAGACUAACCUCAUUGCAACAGACUGGUUGAAACUUUGUAACGGAGAUAUUUUGUAUAGCGUACACUGAAUCACUGCCUUAUUGUGCCGGAACUUUUUACGAAUAAUAGCCCGCGGCCGCGUCGCCUUCGCGCCGUAUUCAUAUGUAACACAAGGUUUAUUUUUGAUGAAUCCGUAAUCGCAUAUUCGCAUAAUUUGUACAUACGUGAUACUUUGUUAAAGUUCCGCUCCCUCCGAGCAGAGAGCAGUCCAAAGGGCGAAGGCGCGCCGCCGCGGACCUCGACUUUAGCGACUUUAUUAUGAAAUAAAACGUGAUUUAGGAAAUUUUAAGUUCAAUUUUAUUUAGUUGAAUAAUUGAAAACAUUGACUGAACAUUUGAAAUAAAGCCGCUAAAAUGAGACAUUGCAAUCGAAUGCAGGUAUAUCGUGCUGCGUGCGUUGCUGUGAAUUUUUAUAUAACUCCCUCUCGAAAGACUAAGUUAACGUGAAUUUUGUAUGGUGCAGUUUUGUUUACAGGCAUGAAGCAUUAAAGUAUUUUCUGACAUUAUUUUACCACUUCUCGAUGCGCUGUCUAUUUUGUAGUUGGUUUUCUAUUACAUUGUAGAUCUGAAUCUAUUUCUAAUCUUACUGUUAUGUAAAGAAACAUUCUGAUAGUGUAAUAUUUACCGUAAUACUUUUCUGCUUCAUGAGAUAUAAGGUUGAUAGAAAUGAGUAUGUGAAAUAGGUAUGACAGUAUGUUAAUUUUGAUAAUAGAAGAAUAUGCAACAAAUUCAAAGGCAGAUUUCCAAUUAUGAAAUAACUAUUUUUUUAAUUUCUUGAAUAAUGUGUUCGUCUAUUUGACAUUAUAGCAAAUCUUGUCUGUUUAGUUUAAGUAAGAUUUAUGUUAAUAAGAUUAUUUGUUCCUUGUAAUAAUGUUAUAUUUAUUUCUACCUCUGAAGUGGGAAUCUGCCGCAACAUGUGUCUGGUACUGGGAAGGAGAGAAACAUCAACACUUGAAUAGCUCUAACUUAUUCAUUUACUCGAGAUGGCCCUAGAUGUUUGCUUGAGUAUGUAAUAUACUACCUAUACUAUUUAUUUGUACUGUGACAGUAUGGAAAGAGAAGGCGUAUGUGGAGUGCGAGCGAGAAGCUAAUGUUUAUUUCCUAUCGGAUUGUCAGUUCGCAGGCACUGUAACAAUAAAAGGAUUUAGAGCUUUAUGUCACUACUAAGUUUUGUAUUUUAAAUCAAUAAACGAUAGAACGAUU